AUGGGUGGCGACGAGCACCAUCAUACUGUUACUCGGGAUGAGUUAAUGAAACCAUAUGAGCCCUCUUUUGUCGAGAGACAUGUAGUACCGGGGCUCGCUGCAAUUUUUGAUGUGCCAGUGACGCUUUUCCGAGCGCGUAAAGACGAUAGACGUGGGUGUAUGGAAAAGUUGGGGUUACAAGAUAAAACAAUGAGAGUAAGACUUGUGGAUACAAACAUUCUACGUAUACUAAAACGUCGACGUGAUGAAUGUGCUAUGUGGCAUCGCUACGAAGCAGAAGAUGUGGAGCGGUUUUGCAAGAAUAUUAUUAAUGAGCACGAAGAAGCCGCUGUAAACUAUUUCAUUAAAUGCAAGUUUGUUUUACGGCGUCUUUUGUUCAAGACUGUGGUCCUGAGCAUGAGAAUCGAAGUUUAUUAUCCCAUUUCAUAUGUCCGGUAUAACGACGAAACAGUUUCAUNNNUCAUGAGGAGUUAUCCGGAUUUAGUUCAAGUCUAUGGGGAACUGUCUUGGAAUACGGAUGUACGACAUGCAUUCAUGAAACAGAAGCAUCGCAUGCUAUGGGAACGACGUAACGGUCCUGUUGGAACUGGUGAACGAAGUGUUCUGAAUACGCAGAAAGCCAUUGCGAAAGCAGACGAGAUCGUUCAGCAGAAAACCGAUGAUAUGUUUAGCAUACUACGUCGUACUUUGGGACCACGAAGUUUACCGAAAGAAAUGCGACCCUGA